UAGAAUCCAACCAUUGAAGCCAAAUUUUCUUCAUCUCUGACCUGAAUUUUGCAUUUGAAGAAGCAGAAUGAGGAAAAGAAUCAGCAUUUGCAUCCGAAAAUUCCUUUCAUGCUCUGUCUCCGGAUCCAACCCUCCUAAUCUUCCUAAUUAUGUGGAUUAUCGCGAAGAAUAUGCUAAUGCCUUCCGCACUGAAUCAUACAUUGAGUUUUGGACACGUGUCCUUACUCUAACCCAUGGAGAUAGCGCCACGUCAAUUCCCAUAGAGUCCACCACUGCGGCUCGGCUCUCAUCCUACCGGCUCUUCGCUGAAUAUCUCUUAGAUCCGGACCAACCCACUGUCACUCAACUAUUGGCUUUGGCUCAAAGCAGACCCAAAAACCACUCUAUUCUAGCCGAAUACUUUUCUGAAACGGCUAACGCUUCUUUCCUGUGUAGCCUUCUGCUAAAGGAUAUUAACCGUAUACGUGUUUGGUACCGAUCCUUGAAAUCCACCCUGGAAUCUCAUGGAGCCACUGAGUUACUACCCGUAAACCGCUUUCCAGUAAUAUUGGCUCGGGUUCGGGUCAUCCAAACCGGCUGCUCUGGCUUACUCAAGCGGUUAGAGUUAGGACGUGACAAGGCUCGAGCCAAGCUCCAGCUCGUCAAAAGCAUAAAAUGCGGCUCAGCUAUUUUGCUUGUCGCGCUAACGGCUUCGGUGGCUGUAAUCGCCACAACUCACGCCUUAGCAAUGUUGGUGGCUGCACCAGGUCUCAUAGCGGCUUCAUUUGAGUUAGCCUCGACUAGGAAAUUAGCCAGGCGGUCGGCUCAGCUUGACGCAGCUGCCAAAGGAACUUACAUACUGAACAAGGAUAUGGACAUGAUAAGCCGGCUUGUGGCCAGGCUAAACAAUGAGCUGGAGCAUAUAAGUGGAAUGGUUAGGUUUUGGUUGGAGCAUAAAGAGGAUAACCUGCAAGCCAGUGGAGAAGUGGCGCGCCAGCUGAAGGAGAAUGACUCUAACUUUAGCCAGCAGCUAGAUGAGCUAGAAGAGCAUUUAUACUUAUGUUUCAUGACCAUUAAUAGAGGGAGAACCCUUGUGGUGAAGGAGAUUAUGGACCAGGGUCCACCCACUUGCUCAUCAAAAUAAUUUAUUUUAUUUUUCAUUUUUAUUAUUAAAAAUAAUGUCAC